AUGAGCGCCAUCAGUUGGUGGACUGUCCAUCGACAGGACGGCCGCAGCUCGACGCUGACGGCGCCCAAUGGCCCGUCACAGGCCACGGUCAUGCGGGUGGCCUUGGCGGAAGCCAAGUUGGCGCCUGAAGAGGUGCACAUGGAGUGCCAUGGCACAGGCACUCCUUUGGGCGAUCCUAUUGAAAUUGGCGGCUUGAAAUCUAUCAACGCUUCCAGGAGAUUUUCAGAUGUGGACAUGAGCGGGACGGAGGACCGGCCCUUGAUCUUGGCAGCGGUGAAGUCAAACUGUGGGCACUUGGAGGGUCCAGCCGCUUCGACAGGACCGGUGUCAACAACCGGACCAGACGAAGCUGCCUGGUUUCGAAGCAGGGUGGAGUACCAGCACUUGUCCUCCAUGUCGUCCAUCCAUCUUUGCACGCUGAACCCCAGCAUUGCCGCGUUGUCCGACCUGCCGGCGCUCUUCGCCACGGAAUCGCUGCCCAUGGCCAGCAAGGUGCUCAGCCGACUGGGUGGUGGCUUGUCAUCCUUUGGCUUCGGCGGCACCAACGCCCACGGGGUGGUCUCCUGCUGCACUGAGGCAGCCCAAGCUUUCCGUCAACAGCUGGCAGAUCUCCCAGUGCAUGCCCGUGUGGAUGCGCGUCCCACACGGUUGGCGGCAGCAGUUUUCGAGAAGAAAAACUUCCCAUGGCGAGAGGUGGGCUUCCGCUUCCUCCGCGCCAAGCCAAGUGAAGGUAUCUUCGAGGUGGCCAUGCGCAUGGACGUCUACGACGUGGUGAAGCACCACGUGGUUUUCGGCUCGAUUGUGGUGCCCGGCGUGGUCUUCGUGGAGAUGGCACUGGAGGCCACCCGCGAGCUCUUUGGCCCUGGUGUACGCAUCACUGACGUGAACAUGAUGUUCCCCUUCGUGGUGCCUUUACGCCACACCGGCGCGGAGCCCGCGGCCAUCAUGCGUUUCGUGCUGAAGAGCGAGACACGUUUCCAGAUUGAAAGCACAUCCGGCACGGGCACGGUCACCGUGCAUGCGGAGGGUGGCAUCAACAAGUCGCCUUUACGCGGAGAGGAAGCCGAGAUAGACCAGGCGGCAAAGGCGAACCCUGUGGACUUGGAGGAAUUGAGAUCCCGGAUCGAUGAGGUUGUUCCCACCAAGGAUGUGUACGCCGCCAUCGAUGGUGUUGGCCUGUAUUUGGGGCCCAUGUUCCAAACGGCGAAGCAGCUUUGGCGGAAAGAGCCUGAGGAAGGAAGUGAGAGCAAGGUGAUUGAAGUCCUUGGACGAUUGAAGCUUGAUGACGGUGUGCCCAAUGUGGGAUAUGUCUUGCAUCCAGCUGUUUUUGACGGAACCAUCCACAGUUUGGGCACUGCCUCUGUGGGGAAGAACGUGAACGAUUUGAAGAUCUUUGGAGGUGUUGGGCGUGUCUCCAUCAUCCAGACGGAAAACUUUUCACAGAACGACGAGUAUUGGAUUUGGCUGAGCAUCAAAGAGAAGUUGGAAGCUUCAGAGACUUUUGACCUCAAGGUCAUGUCCACCACGGGCACGGUGCUGAUGCUCAUGGACAACGUGGUCUUCCGGAAGGUCUUGCCUGAACAGAUUCAGAUGGCCAUCGCUGCACAGUCUACACCAGAGGAUGACCAGAAGAUCUACGAGAUCGAGUGGCAGCCUGUGGCUGAGGAGGAAGCGCCAGAGUUGGAGAAUGAGAAGUGGCUUGUGCUUCACCAUCAAGCUUCCAACGGACUCUUGGGCUUCCUUGAUGGUCUUCGGGAACAUUUGGGCGAUCAUUGCUAUGCCAGCCUGAUGGAUGAAGACAGCUGGGGCAAACUCACAGAUUACAACAGGAUCAUUUCCCUGGCGGGUGCAGUGGCUCUACCUCAACAUGCCCAAGCAGCAGCGCAGCAGGUUUUGGACGUAUUGGAUGCUACCAUGCGCCUGAUGCAGGCUGUGGCACGGGAGGCGCCUGAGGGCCCCUUGUGCCUCGUGACCUCCCUGGCCAAUGCAGUGCUGGACGAGGACUUGGCAGAGACCACUACAGUAGCCAGCCAUGCAGGGCUUUGGGGCUUGGCCAAGGCCUUCCGAAAUGAACACCCAGAACUGCCAGCUGCCCUCACCUUGGAUCUGGAGGAAGCCGUUUGCAGGUCUCCGCAGCAGCUGGCCGAACAGCUGCAGUUCGUGGCCGCGAAGGGCACGGCUGAGCCAGAACUGGCUCAGCGGUACCAUGAAGGCAGCUUGAAGCUUUGGAUGCCACGCUUGGCAGAUUGCACGCAGCGCUUGCAGCAGGUGGAGAAGGAGUCACCACGCUUCGAUGAGGAUGCCAUGUAUGUGGAGCCUUGGCUGCCUUGGCUCAGUGGUGGUUUUGUUCAGUUUGGCCGAACCGAUCGUGUCACUGGUGGUACAGGAGCUCUGGGUUUGGUUUUUGCCGAGUGGAUGUCUUCCUUGGGCGCAAGGCAUUUCGCCCUGCUCUCACGCAGUGGACAACCUCCAGCGGAUUCCAAGGCGGCAUUCCGGAAGUUGGAGCGCCAGUUCGCCAAGAUGGACAACGCAACAUUUUGUGCGACCAAGUGCGACAUCAGCUCCUUCUCAGAUGUGCAUCGGGUCUUCGAAGAUCUCAAGAAGACGCAUUUGGCGACUGGACAGAAGUUGCAGGUGAAGGGCAUCGUCCAUGCCGCGGGCACCCUGGCGGAUGGGUUGAUCAAAGACCAGAGCUCGCAGAACCUCAAGUUGGUCUGCUCGGCCAAGGUGGAUGGGUCUUUGAACCUCCAUGCAGCAGCCGUGGAUUUGGCCCUCCCUCUUGAGGAGAUGUGGUUGUUCUCCUCAGUGGCGGCCAUGAUCGGCUCUGUAGCACAAGGCAACUACUGUGCUGCCAAUGCCUUCAUGGACAGCUUCGGCUCGCGGCGGCGUGCACAGAAACUCCCCGCCAUCUCCCUGCAGUGGGGUCCCUGGGCGGAGGUCGGCAUGGCGGCACGUGCCGGCACCUCUGAAGGCAGCAUCGCGCGCUUAGACUUGGCACGAGGCUUGGAAGCCAUGGCGUUGGUGUUGGGUGCCAACAAUGCCCUGCGGCCUGCAGGCACGGUGGGCAUUGCUCGCAUCAAGUGGAAGUCUUUGUUGGGGCAGAUGCCCAAGGUCCCACCAGCACUGAGCAAAUUUGGCGGCAGUGUGGGUGGCAAGAAGUCGGCGGCGGCCGCUGGUGCGAUGGUUAGCGCCGAUGACAUCAAGGGCAUUGUGGUGGGUGUGCUUCAGGAUGUCUUGGAGGGCUCCGGCGAUUUAGAUCUCUCCACGCCAUUGAUGGAGAUGGGUCUGGAUUCCUUGGCAGGGGUGGAGUUCCGGAACCGCUUGCAGGCUUCCUUCGAAGGUUUGCAACUGUCUUCGACUCUGAUGUUCGAUUACCCCACCGUGCCCGAUUUAGUGGACUACAUCUAUCAACAGGUCGGCCCAGCAGAAGACGAGGUCGGCGCAGCGGGCGCGGGCGUUGUCAUGGACGCUGGCGCCAUGUUGGCCAUCGCCAGUCACGCGGGAAGAUAUCCAGGAUGCUUUACCAACAACGUGAAGGAAUACUGGCACAACAUGAGCAUGGGAUUGGACACGACCACCGAGUUGCCUCCAGAGCGCUGGGACAUGGACGCCUACUACGAUGCAGAUGUCGACGCGCCAGGCAAGACCUAUGUCCGCCUUGGCCACUUCAUUCCAGGCAUCGAGCACUUCGACGGAGACUUCUUCGGAGUGUCCGAGGCAGAGCUGCGGGCGAUGGAUCCUCACCAGUGCCGUUACGAGGCGUUCCAUGCAGGCGGCAUGGACAAGGAGUCCUUGCAGGGCCUGGACUGUGGUGUUUUCGUGGGCUGCUGUAACCUGGGUGGAAACGAUGUGGACCCCGAAGGGCUUGGGCCUUUCUCCAACAUUGGCUUCGCCUAUUCAGGGCUCUCAGGCCGCAUCUCGCACGUUUUCUCGCUCCGGGGUCCCUGCUUUACGGUGGACACCGCCUGUUCCUCCACCAUCGUGGCCUUGGAUUCCAGCUCUCAAGCUGUCAAGCUCAACAGGUGUCAGAGUGCGAUUGCCACCGGCGCGAACGUGCAGCUCUCUGGGUGCAUUUGGGUCGGUUUCUCCAAGAUGCGUGGCCUGGCCUUCGACGGACGCUGUAAGACCUUUGACCAGUCGGCGGAUGGCUUCGCGCGUGGCGAAGGCAUUGGCUCGGUGUGGAUCACCCGUGGCACUGGCACGGGAGAGAAUGAGCUGGUCUCCCUCACGGGUGUGGCCAUCAACCACGACGGCCGUGCAGCCACCAUCACCGCGCCCAACGGCACAGCGCAGCAGCGCGUGCUUCGCAGCGCGCUGGCGGAGCGACAGACCGCCGGGGAAGAUGUGACGAUGAUCGAGUGCCAUGGAACAGGCACUGCUUUGGGAGAUCCUAUUGAAGUGGGCGCUCAACGAGCCGUCUAUGGCAAAGGCCGUAGCGAGGCUCAGCCAUUGAUCCUGGCAGCCACAAAAAGCAACAUCGGACACUUGGAAGGCUCUGCCGGCGUGGCGGGCAUUUCGAAGGUCAUUUUGGCAAUUACCAAGGCACAAAUCACCCCGAAUUUGCAUUUGGAGACCUUGAAUCCCAACAUCGACCUGCCUCCUGGCGAGAUGAGCGCGCCAGACAAGCUGGUGGAGUGGAAGAGCGCAAGCCUUCGCUCUGGCGUGUCUUCCUUCGGCUUCUCCGGCACCAACGGUCAUGGCCUCAUGGAAGCUACCUUGGCCACCGAGGAGCCAGCACAGCGGGCGCCCAUGAAGUUUGCCCGCAAGGUGCUGAAGCCAUGGCGAGAAUGGAUGCAAACAGUGCUUUACUUGGAAGACUGGGUGCCAGCAGAUGUGGUCCAGACCACCUCGGUGAUGGAAGGCACCUCCGUCUUGGCGGAGCAGGGCUUGUCGGAUGCUCUUGUGAGGGCACUUCCCAAGGGUGUGGCGCUGCAACCGGGAACAGAGCCUGCGAAGAUGGCCGAGGCCAUGAAGAGCUGCGCGGUCUUCUACGCUCCCAUUGAAGUCUCCCAAGGAGAGCCGUCCACGAAGGCUUUGGAAGACCUCUUGAAAUUCCUCCAAGCAGCGGCCAUGGCGCCCGAGACCAAGCUACUGCUGGUGGUCACCAGGGGCGCCUUCGACGCGACACGUGCGAACUUCGAUGCCUCGAUCUCCCUGUGGGGCUUGGUGCGAUCUGCUCGGCUGGAGAUGCCACGGGUGGUCAUCAAGGCACUGGAUGUGCACAUGUCUCUGUCAGACGAGGACACUGCCAAGGCUAUCCUUGCUGAGCUCGCGGGCGCAGAGAGCGACGUGGAGGCCCAGCUGAGCAGAGAACGCGGGCGUUUGGUGCCCCGUGUGGUGGAGGCGCCGCAGGAGGCUCUCAACCUGCAGCGUCAGGAUGCGAUGCGGGACGGGCCCAACAGCUCAGCUGCUGAGGUGAAGAAGGGUGUCCAGCUGGUGACCGGUGGCCUGGGCGGCUUGGGCCUGGUAGCAGCUGAGGAGCUGGUGAUGCUGGGCGCGCCAGGCCUUUUGCUGACCUCUCGCAGCGGCCGUGUGGCCGAAGGUCAGAAACGCCUGCAGGAACAGCUGAGGCGCUUGCAGCUUCUUCCUGGAGUGACGGUGCAGGUCAAGGCCUGCGACAGCAGCAAGUCCAGCGAGGUCGCAAAACUCCUGCAGGAGGGAAAAGAAGCCAACGAUCCAGUCCGAGGCGUGGUGCAUGCAGCGGGCAUUCUCGACCGUUGCCCCCUAACGGAGCUCGAUGCUGGGCGCAUGCAGAAGGUGCUGGGCCCCAAAGCCAGCGGAGCUUGGCACUUGCAGAUCUUGGGCACUGACUUAGAACUCUUCGUGCUCUUUAGCUCGGUCUCAGCCACUAUUGGCCUGGCUGGCGGAGCCUCCUAUGCUGCGGCCAACUGCUAUUUGGAUGGCUUGGCGGCCUGGCGUGAAGGCUUCCAUCAGCGCCGCGCUGUAAGCCUCAAGUGGGGCCCUGUCUCUGAGGUGGGUGUCACUGCGAAUGCGGGCAGUGACAACUUGGAAGCCAUGGCAUUGAAGACCUUGUCCCCAGCGCAGGUGGGUAGCGCCUUGCGCCUCACCUUGGCAGGGCCUUCACCCCGCUCCGAACUGCUGCUCGCGCGCGCAGACUGGCCGGCCUUCAUGCGCGAGGUCGGAAUGGAGAUUCCUCAGUUCAUGGACUUGGAGUCAAAAAGCACUGCAGCGGCCAGCUCAGGUGGUGGCGCAUCUUCUGCACUUGCGCUGCUGCCCCUCGAGGAGCGACAAAAGAAGGUCUUGGACUCCAUCCGUGCAGCGGCCUCUGGCAUGGGUCUGGAGAUGGAUGAUCACACACCUUUGAUGGAGGCAGGUAUCGACUCCCUCUCAGCGGUGGAGUUCCGCAACAAGGUGUCAAGCGAGUUCCGCUCCGUGCGCUUGCCGAGCACACUGAUGUUCGACUACCCCACCCUCACAGCCCUCGCGGACUAUGUCUCACAGCAGUUGCUCCCCGACACGGUGCCAGCAGCUGCAACAGUCGCCCCGACCACGCGUGCCCUGGCGCCAGCACGUGGCGCCGGCGUCAGCGAGCACGUGGCUGUCUUAGGCGGCGCUUGCCAUUUGCCAGGAGACAGCUGGUCCUUGGAGAAGUUUGAUUUCAUGCUCUCCAUGGGCGUUGAUUGUAGCGUGGAGAUGCCACACAGCAGGUGGGAUGUGGAUGAGUACUAUGAUCCAGAUGCAACUACAGGUCUCAAGAUGUACGUGCGACAUGCCGCCUUCAUCGAGGGCGUCGAACUCUUUGCUGCGACCACCUUUGGAAUCAACAAGGCUGAAGCGGAAACCAUGGACCCACAGCAGAGACAUUUGUUGGAAGCUGCAUUCGAAGCCCUUUCAGCUAGAUUUGACCGGCUCAAGUUGUCCAACCAUUGUCAAUCUGAAUCACUGGGAGAACUGAUUGGUCGAGCUGGCGGGUUCAACAAGGGCAGCCUGAUGGGAAGCUUCGGGGGCGUGUUCGUGGGCCAGGACAAAUGUGAUUGGAACCGCAUGAUCACGGGAGCCCAAAGUGGUCCCUAUGCGGCUACCGGCGGCUCCUCCUCCAUCAGCGCCAAUCGAAUCAGCUACUCCUUGGGACUCAAGGGCCCCUCUGCAACCAUGGACACAGCCUGUUCCUCCUCCCUGGUGGCUGCAGAUACCGCAGCUGUGACUCUUCGAAGACGGCGAUGUGAUUUGGCGGUGGUUUGUGGUGUGAACAUGCUUCUUCUGCCGCAGACCUUUGUCGCGUGCUGCCAAGCGCAGAUGCUCUCGAAGGGCGGCCGCUGUAAGACCUUUGAUGAUAGUGCCAGUGGAUAUGCACGAGGCGAGGGAGUCGGAUCCCACGCCUUAGAACGUUUGGGCAGCUCCAGCCGCACCGCGAUCGCGGAGCUGAGGGGCUCGGCGCUAAACCAAGACGGAAGGAGCUCCAAUUUGACCUCGCCCAACGGACCGUCCCAGCAAGCUGUGGUGCUGUCCGCUUUGGCCGAAGCUCAACUGAAUCCUGCGAGCCAUGCAUGUGUUGAGACCCAUGGCACCGGUACCGCGCUGGGAGAUCCCAUGGAAGUCGGUGCACUGCAGACUGCAUUGGCCAACGGCCGUUCGGGUAGCGCGCCACUCCAGCUGGGUGCGGCCAAGACCAACGUGGGUCACCUCGAGGGCGGCGCAGGCAUGGUUGGCCUGCUGAAGUUGGCAUCCUUGUUGUCGCGCAACUGCUUGCCAGCAAACUUGCAUUUGCAUGAUCUCAACUCCCACAUUUUCGAAGACAUCGAAGACUUCCCAGUGCAGUUCCAAUCUGAAGCAUGCCCCAGUGGCUUCCCUGCUGCCUCUGUGUCCUCCUUUGGGUUUGGCGGCACCAACGGCCACGUGGUCCUGGCAGCGUCGGCGAAAGCAGAGAAGAAGAGGUCGACAGGCCGCAAGGCGCAGUCACUGAGCAGCGUGCCGAAGCGGGUGGCCUUCCUUUUCACAGGCCAGGGCUCGCAGUAUGUGAAGAUGGGCCAGGAGCUUUAUGGCUCGGAGCCGGUCUUCCGCGAGGCUGUGGACAAGUGUGCCGCGCUGCUGGAUAGUGAGCUGCCAAAGGCACUUUUGCAGGUCAUGCAUGCGGAGACGGAUGACGGCUUGCUUAAUCAGACUCAGUUUUCUCAGCCAGCCAUCUUCACUAUCGAAUAUGCCUUGGCAGAGCUUUGGCGUUCUCGAGGCCUUGAGCCUUGUGCGGUCUUGGGUCAUAGCGUGGGCGAGUAUGCGGCAGCCGUUUUGGCUGGGGUGCUCUCUUUGGAGGACGCCUGUCGCCUCAUUGCCCUCCGUGGGCGGCUCAUUGCUGAGAAGUGCGAGGCCGAGGUCGGCACCAUGUCGGCACUCUUCGCUCCAGAACAGGACGUGAAGAAGGCCAUCGCAGCCUCCAAGGUGGCCACCAGUGACGUGGCCAUCGCCGCGGUGAACGGGCCCAAGAUGACGGUGAUCAGCGGCCGUAAGGAGGCCGUGCAGAAGGUGGCCGAGACUUCUGGAGCAACCAGCCGACCGUUGACGGUGUCUCAUGCCUUCCAUUCGCCGCUGAUGCAGCCCAUGUUGGACGACUUUGGAGCAGAGGUCGCCAAGGUGACUUCGUUCGGCGAGUUGAAGGUGCCCUUCUUCUCUACCCUUUUGGGCCGCGCAGCGACCUCGGAAGACUUGUCUCAGGUGAAGUACUGGGUCGACCAUGUGAGCUCGGCUGUGCGCUUCACCGCCGGCAUGGAAGCCUUGGAAGAAGCAGAGAGCCCAAUGGUAUUCUUGGAGAUAGGUGCAACACCCACCUUGGUGGGCAUGGCCAAGCGAUUCCUCACCAGGAAAGAGGCGAAAUGGGUGGCAAGUUUGGAUCCCAAGGCAACGCCAAAGGAACAGGAGGCAAUCCAUAAGGCCGCUGAAGCAUGUGGCGCCUCCAGCACAUCGGGUGCAUCUGCAGAUGCUGCCGAGCGGCCAGCAGCGGCACCACUGUUGGAGCGCCAGGCCUAUCCUUGGCGCGAAGCCAGCCACCCCUUGCUGCGGCGCCGCACGGUGCGCGCGGAUGGCGCCACGGUGUUCGGGCGCCAGUUCGGUGGUCACGUCUUGGCGCUGCUGUCCCAUCACAUUGUCCAUGGAGAGGUGGUGGUCCCUGGAGCCUGUUAUCUGGAGAUGAUUGUGGCGGGAUGUACCACAUUUCUGGGUAACGAAGCCUGGUGCGUGGAGAACUUGGGCUUUGCGAAGCCUUUAGUGUUGAGGUUGCUGCCGGAUGGGUCUUUGGAAGAGCCCACGGAGCUUCGGUUGGUGAUCCGGCCUGACGGGCGUUUGGAGGUGGAGAGUGAGAUAGGCAGCGACCCCGAAGACAGCAUCAUCUCCGUCCACGUGGAAGCUACACUGGUCACCAAGAGCGGUGGCUGGAGUGCGAAUCGCCCUGAGCAGGAUUCCUUCAACUUGGACAAGCUUCGUGAGCAAUGCCCAGAGGCGGUGGACAUCGACCUCAUGUACUCCUUUGGCCGAAAGUCUGGCUUGCCCUUGCAGCCACGUUUCCGCACCGUGCGGCAUGUGCAGAAAGGUGACCAGGAGUCCUUCGGGCGCCUGGAGAUGGAACGUGAUGGCACGCAACAAGGCUUCUGGCUGGGCCCCUCGUUGAUCGAUGGUUCCUUCCAAGCAUCAAUGGCCUUGGCCGACGCCGCCGUGGGCAUCGGAACCUUGAAGAUUCCACUCUCCAUCCGACGGCUGCAGCCAUGCGGACGUAAGUACUCGAUUGCAGUGUGGUCCUACUUCCAGUUGAUCGAUUUCACGGACAAGAGCACAGUUUUCCGCUCUUGGCUUUUGAAUGAUGCAGGGGAGGCCUUGCUGUACUUCGACCAUGUGCACCUGCAAGAAGUCCGCGAUGAACAUAUCCAGAAAGUUUUGCAGGCUUCAGGACGUCAAGGUGCUGAGCAACAGAUGCUCUAUGAUGUGCUGUGGCGACCAACUGAACUUCAGAGUAAGGGCGCGGCCCAAGCGCUGGUCUUGGGCAGCAGCAGCGCCCUGCAGAAGUUAAACGCUGAAGGCGUCCGCUGUGAGGAGCUUCCGAUGGAGGAGCAGGCACUGAUGAGCCUCUUGCAAUCAGAGCCAUGGUCGACAGUGGUUCUGGCUGAUGGCCUUUUGACGCAAAGCGCUUGGGCAGAGACGCCACCGGUGGGAGCCCUGCCAGGCGGCGAGCUGAGCGAUGUGGCCGUGCUGAACCGGGCCAUGGCGCUGACAAAGGCCAUCGCCAAGAUGGGCGUCAAGGCACCGCUGUUGGUCUUCGCCACUUGGGGUGCCCAACCCUUGGCCUCCGAGGAGCUCCAUGCACGACGCGCAGGUCGUCCGGACCACAGCGGUUUGUGGGGCUUCGCGCGGGCAGUGCGGAUGGAAUACCCAGGUGCACUUCGCUUGACCUGUGUCGACUUGGAUGCGUCCAAGGACUCGAAUCAGGAGGCCAGCGCUUGGACGCAGCUCAAUGCGGCAGUGUCCUCCUUGGGCGACGAAGAGGAAGUGGCUUUGCGGGAAGAAGCGAAGUGUGCCAGGCUGGCCCGCUCGGUGGUGAAGUACACUGGUGCCCUGCGGCUAAACAUGCCCGCGCGCGGCUCACUGACUGGGCUGCGCUGCGUCCCCCAGGCAGAUACCGCAAAGGGCUCGGCUGUGGCGCCGACUAUGGCGCAGCUGAGAAUCCGAGCGGUGGGCUUGAACUUCCGAGAUGUGCUGAACGUCAUGGGCCUGUACCCCGGCGACCCCGGGCCGCCUGGUGCCGACUGCGGUGCCACCGUGCUGGGACUCGGGGAGAAUGUGAAGCACCUGCGCUUGGCGGAGGAUGUCUUUGGCGAGUCCCCGGGAUGUUUGAGCACCUACAACACUAGCUCGGCGGCCUUGCUGACCCAAAAGCCCAGCUCCUGGAGCUACGAAGAGGCCUGCUGCAUGCCAGUGAUCUUCGUGACUGUGGAAGAGGCCUUGGGAGAUCUGGCACAGUUGAAACGUGGGGAACGGGUGCUCAUCCAUGCUGCUGCUGGUGGCGUCGGCCUGGUGGCCAUCCAGUAUGCCAAGUUCAUUGGCGCAGAGGUCUAUGCCACAGCAGGCGCUGAGGAGAAGCACGAGUUCUUGAGAAAGAUGGGAGUGAAGUACAUUACGAGCAGCCGCAAUGGCAACAAGUUUGAGGAGGACAUGAAGAACUUCCUCAAGGAGCAGGGAGCAGAUGGCCUUGAUGUGGUGCUGAACAGUCUCAGCCACGACGACUACAUCGGCCGCUCCUUGGCGUUGCUGAAGCCUGGUGGUCGCUUCGUGGAGAUUGGCAAGCGAGGCAUUUGGAGCCACAAGCAGCUCCCUGGCCGUCCAGAUGUGAUGUACGAGAAGAUCGCUGCAGACACCAUGAUGGAGAAGGAGCCUUGGCGCUACAACGCAUACUUGAAGCGCUUGCUGCAACGUGUGGAUGAGGGUGCUUUGCAACCGAUCAACAUGCACACCUUCGAGGGCCUCGAGAAGGGCGUCCAGGCGCUGCAGUUCUUACAGCGCGCCUCGAACAUCGGCAAGGUGGUCAUCAGCUCAGCCAGUCGCUUAGGCUGUGAUGCCUUCAGCAUGCCGCUGCUCUCGGGUGGCUUGGGCGCCUUGGGCGUGGUCACGGCCACCUUUUUGGUGGAGGAAGGAGCCAAGCAUCUUUGUUUGCUGUCGCGAAGUGGGCAGCCCGCAAAGGAUGUGGGUCCUCAGUGGUCUUGGCUCCAGAAAUGUGCCAUCGAGCUCAAGGUGGAGAAGUGCGAUGUGGGAGUGGAGGACUCCGUGGUGGCUCUCCGAGAUUCUUUGAAGAAGGGAGGAGUUCAGUUGGGUGCCUUGAUGCACCUCGCGGGCGUCUUGGCGGAUGGCGUUUUGCCGAGCCUGACCUUGGAGAGUUUGGAGAAGUCCUACGCGCCCAAGGUCCAUGGCUUGUUGCACCUUGCUCGACACCUGAACUUCCAGAAGACUGCCCCGCACUUGCUUUUCUCCUCCACGUCAGCCCUUUUUGGCUCGCCAGGACAAGCCAACUACUCGGCGUCCAAUUCCCUAUUGGACUCCUUGGCAGCCUUCUGGAGCUCUCAGGACCCGACGAGUAGCCUUUGGCGGAACGCUCGGUCGGUGCAAUGGGGGCCAUGGGCCGAAGUGGGCAUGGCGGUGCAGGCAAAUACUCUGGGACGAGCGAAGUCCAUGGGUGUUGGCGCGGUGACCAACUCCCAAGGGCUGGCGAUCAUGAACAGCAUUCUCUCCAGUUCCAAUCUGUUGGUUGGCGCUGUGCCUGUUCGAUGGGGCAAAUACUUGAAGAGCGCAUACCCCCAAGUGCCCAACUUCUUGAAAGACUUUGAGGCUGAGGCCAAGAAAGAGGCGGCGGAAGCUCGAGCUGCUCGAGGAGAGCGGGAGAGCGGCGGCGGUGCUGGGAUGGCGGCACUGGCGGGGCUCUCGCCUGAGGAGCGGCUGGAGGCGGUGCGCCACACCUUGCGAGACCUGGCCCGAGAGGUGAUUGAUUCUGCAGACUUGGAAGCAGACAACCCCCUCAUGGAGUCUGGCAUGGAUUCGCUGUCAGGUGUCGAGUUCCGGAACCGCUUGCAGACGGAGUUCGAUGGAGUCAACUUGCCCAACUCCAUGGUCUUUGACUACCCCACAGUCACGGAGUUGGCUGGCUACAUCAACAGCCAACUGGGCGACAUCCCUUUGGAGGGUGCAGCUGCGCCAUCCGUCCCGGCAGAGCAAAGAUCGUCGGCGGCAGACACUUUCGUCGAAGCGCUGAAUGGUCAUUGCGUGAGCAAAGGCAUUGAGCUGGCAGAGUCUCGGCCCAUCUUCUUGGUGCCGGGCGCAGGCAUGCAGGCAGGCAGCUUCCGGGUUUUGGCCAACCGCUUGGGCGUCCCUGCUUACGGCCUCAGCUGGCCGCCUGGGCUUCCCCGAAGCCAGUGGCCCUCGAGUCUCCAGGAGCUCUCUGAGCACUUCUUCAGGGAGAUUCAGAAGGUGCAGCCUCAAGGGCCCUACAUUUUUGCGGGCCAUUCCUUUGGUGCCAACGUGUGCUUCGAGAUGGCCAAUGUGGCCCGGGAGGCAGCAAAGUCCGCUGGAUCCAAGGGCGAGGCCGUGGCGGCGUUGAUCUGCUUGGAUCCUCGAAGCCUUUUGCCUUUGGACGUGGAUGUUCAAAAGGCCUUCGAGCAGUCAGGUCUGACUGAGAGCUUGGCGCUCCUUUGUCAGACUCUGCCUGGAAACGAAGGGCAGAAGUAUGAGGAGCUCCUGGCAAGCUUGAAAGACACUGCGACAGAAGACAGGGACCAGGCCAUCCGCAAGGCACUGAAUAGCAGCGCGUUGGCGGCUUUGGAACACCUGCACGAAACCACGCAGUGGUACAGCUCCUUGCUGCAGAGCGGCAAGGUUCCAGAGCUCUCCCUCGCCACCAAACUGUUCCGCUUGCAGGCCAACAUGGCAUGGAAAGCAGACCCGAGGCCAGAUGAGAAGAUGGGAGAUCAGAUUGUGCGUGAAUUCCAAGCACAGACCUUCCAAGAAGACGAUGUGGCAGAAGAGAAGAUGAGAGGUGGGUCAAUGAUGAAGGCCUGGAAAGGGUCAUUGGGCAUGAUGCACGAGCCGAAUGCGACGAAAGUUGCACUGAAGAUCUCGGCGGCCAUCGCGGAUUUGGAUUGAAAUUAAAAUACAAAAACUCUUGGCAGUGGAGCCAUGGCGGUCAAAAGACGCGAA